ACAAAAUGCUGACUCGAUGUCCUCAUUCCAUCUAAGCCAGACGAUUAACUUCCCCUUCGUCAAAACCUCUAAACUGUCUGCAUCGCGUUAGGGUGUCCCGGAAGAGGUCUCUUCUUCCCGAUCUCGCUUCAGAUCUGUUUCUCAAUUUCCUGAUAAAAUGUACGGAUUCGAAGCGCUUACCUUCAACAUUCAUGGAGGUUAUCUCGAGGCGAUCGUGAGAGGCCACAGAUCUGGAUUGCUCACUGCCUCCGAUUACAAUAAUUUAUGCCAGUGCGAAACCCUAGACGAUAUCAAGAUGCACCUCUCCGCCACCGAGUACGGUCCUCAUCUCCAAAACGAACCUUCACCAUUGCAUACAACUACGAUUGUGGAGAAAUGCACCCUUAAACUGGUUGAGGACUAUAAGCACAUGCUAUGCCAAGCCACAGAGCCUUUAUCAACAUUCCUGGAGUAUAUAACAUAUGGACACAUGAUUGACAAUGUUGUCUUAAUUGUUACUGGAACCUUGCAUGAGAGAGACGUUCAGGAAUUGUUGGAAAAAUGCCAUCCUUUGGGCAUGUUUGACAGUAUUGCCACCUUGGCUGUCGCUCAAAAUAUGCGGGAGCUUUAUAGACUGGUGCUUGUUGACACACCACUGGCUCCAUAUUUCUCUGAGUGCAUCACAUCUGAGGACUUGGAUGACAUGAACAUAGAAAUUAUGAGGAAUACCCUUUACAAGGCAUAUCUCGAGGAUUUCUACAGGUUUUGUCAGAAAUUAGGUGGUGCCACUGCAGAGAUUAUGUCUGACCUUCUUGCCUUUGAGGCUGACAGAAGAGCUGUUAAUAUCACCAUAAACAGCAUUGGCACUGAGCUUACUCGAGAUGAUCGGAAGAAGUUGUACUCUAAUUUUGGCUUACUUUAUCCUUAUGGCCAUGAGGAACUUGCUGUCUGUGAGGAUAUAGAUCAGGUUCGUGGUGUGCUAGAAAAAUACCCUCCUUAUCAGGCCAUAUUUGCUAAGUUAUCCUAUGGAGAAAGCCAGAUGCUUGACAAGGCAUUCUACGAAGAGGAGGUGAAGAGGCUUUGCCUGGCAUUUGAGCAACAGUUCCACUAUGCCGUGUUCUUUGCAUAUAUAAGGUUGAGGGAACAGGAGAUCAGGAACCUUAUGUGGAUAUCUGAAUGUGUGGCUCAGAACCAGAAGUCAAGGGUGCAUGACAGUGUUGUUUUCAUAUUUUAGUUGCUUCAUAAGAAGUUGAAUGGAUUUUAUGGUGCUAUGAAUUUUCGUGUAAAUCUUGUCUCAAUUUCAGUUUCUUGAUCAUUAGGAGUCGCCGGAAUGGCCUUGCAAGUUUCUCGAAUAAGUCUGUAUCUGUAUGUUUAUUUCCUCAUUUGGAGGGAGAGAUCUUGUACUGAGAUUCAUCAAUAUAUUGCGAGUGUUUCAUUUAUUUUUAAAUGAAAUACUACCGUUAUUUGCUUCAUUGGUAGAUAAAUUAAC